AAAAAUGUAAAAAGCUAAUAUCAUAUUUUUCUAUGGACCACCAGCAACUGCUAAAUCUUAUGUGGCCUAAUAAGUUGCAAAAUAAACAGGAUAUGUUUAUUUCAACUUAGAUGAAUUCUAUGUCAAAGUAAAAGCAUAAUCAGAAGUGGAAAAAUUAAAUAAAUUAAUGUAAGUGUUUUAAGCUGAACCAAAAAACUAUAUUGUUGAUGGAUUUCUAGAUAAAAAAGCUUAAGCUGUUGUAUUCUUUGAGCAUUAUCAAAAACCAAGAUAUGUCAUAUAUUUCCAAUCUAGUAAAGAUGAAGUUGAAUAAAAUAUCAGAAUAUUAAGUACAGAAGAUCAAAAGAAAUGUCGUUUUUAGAGAUUUAGUAACUUCCUCUAAAAUCGUGAUGAACUGUUAGCUUACUUAAAGAAGUUUCAAUUCUUUGUAACUGUCGAUGCAGUAUAAAAAGGAUUAUCAAAUAAUUUUUAAUAAUCCUCAGAUUUAAUUAUUCAAUCUAUUAUGAGUAUAUUAAAGCCAAAGGUUUUAGUAGCUCUAACAUAUAAUAAUGAAGAAUUGGCAGAAGUUUAUUUAAAUAAAGUAGAGACAGAAUUAGGAUUCAAGCAUUUACAUUUGGAAACACUAUGUGAAGAAGAAUUAGCUAAAGGAACUCCAUAAGGAAAAUAAAUGGGAGCAUUCCUUAAUUCAGGUUAGGUUGUACCACCUUAAAUGUAAAUAGAAUUAUUAAGGAAAUAUUUAUAUAAUGAUCCAUAAUAAAAUAAAUUUAUUCUUACAAGUUUCCCUGAAAAAUAUUAAGAAUUUAGAACAUUUGAAGAUAAAUUAUUUCCAAUAACAGGAUUAAUUAAUUUUUUAAAGGAAGGAAAAACUGUAUCAUUUUCUGCUAAAAUGAAUCCAGUAUUACAUUAUUCAGCAGAGGGCAAAAAUUUGAUUAUUUAAAAUGAAGAUUUGGGACCAUUUUAAUCUUAUUUAACAAAAAGAAUAAAAUAUGGUAUUGUUAUUGGUCCUGUAAUGUCAGGUAAGACAACAUUUGCUAAGUAUAUUUCAUAAAAAUUUGGUUUUAAUUUGAUUGAAUGGGGAGAAACUGCAAUAGCUUAAUUGAAAGAGAAAUUAAGUACAGUUCCUGGUGAAUAAAUAGAGGAAUUAACAUUACCUAUGAUUAUUAAAUAUUAUAAGGAUUUGUUUAGUAAUGUAACAAAUGAGAAAUAUGUAUUUGAUGGGUAUUAGAAUAUAUUAAUUUUAUUAGAUUUCCACCAGGAUGUGAAAAACCAGAAUAGAUUUUAUAGUUUUUAAAUUUAGGAUAGGCUAGUUGGGUAUUAAAUAUUGGAAUAGAUUAAACAAAUUAAUGGAUUAGAUAUAAAAUAAAGAGUGAAAUGGAUGUUGCAGCUGAAAUGACAGAUGAUGAUAAAGAGAAGAUGAUUACUAAUGCAAAAGCACAUGAAGAAAUAUUAAAGUAAGUAUAAGUCUAUGUAUAAUAAUAAUCUGAUUGUAAAUUAUUUAAAUAAGAUACAAAUUAUUCUUUGGAAUAGAAUUAUAAAUCAAUUGAUUAAAUAUUUGGAAAAAGAGUUUAUUUGGCAUCAAUUUUAGCUAAUUUAGAUUCUGAUAUUUAUGAAGCAUUGAAAUUAAUUUAUAUUAACAUUGCUGCAAAAUACAAAAUGUCAUUUGUAGAUGUUGAAUAAUUAAUUGCUAAAAACUUUGAAAAACUUUCUAAUGAUUAUGAAAUGAGAUGGACAAAAUAAAAUUGUAAAAAUCCAUCUAAUUUUACUCCUGAAACUGUUAUGAAAUUAGUUAAGUAAUACAUAGAUGAUUUACCUAUAUAAAGCAGGUAAGAAUUAAUAUUAAUUAUUAUUAUAGAGAUGUAUUGUUAUGGGGUUACAUAUCAGCUGAUUAAUAAGGAGAUAAAUAAUAAUAAGAAUAAAUAUUCCCAAGAGCUACAGAUGAAUUAAUGAUGGUAGAGAAAUCUUUAGGAUAAAUUAAAGUUUUAUAUGCAAUUACAGAAUAACCAUUAAAUUCAGAAAUCAAUGAUCCUGAAUGGGUUUUAGAAAAACCUGAAGUACCACCUCCUAAAUAAGAAGGUGAUGGUGGUGAUGAAGAACCAAAAGAUGCAGGAAAUGCUGAUGGUGAAGAAAAUGUUCCCAAAUUUAAUAUUUAUAAUUAUUAAUGGACUAAAAGUGAAAUUCCUAAAAAUAUGGCUUAAAUAUUCAUGAAGGUCAAAUAACCAAAUCCUGUAAAUAAUAUUAAUUAAUUAUAGGUAUAACUAGAAGUAAGUGAUUACAGUUUUAAAUUAAUUUAUGAUAACUUUGAUGAGCUUUUCUAAUCAAUAUAAGAAAAUAACAAUCAUACAUAUUUUGCUUAGAUAUAAUUACAAUAACCAAUUAUGGAUUGA